AUGGAUGGUAAGAUAAACAUUACCUAUAUUACUCUGUCCGGCUAUGUGGAUCUUAAUAAAUACAGAUAUUUUUACUUUUCUGUUAUAUUUACAGUGUACAUUUUAAUCAUCUGCAGUAAUGCCACUAUUCUUUAUCUUAUCUGGAUUCACAAAAACCUCCAUGAACCUAUGUACAUUUUUAUUGCAGGUCUGUUAUUUAACUCUCUUCUCUACAGCACUAAUAUUUACCCAAAGCUUUUGAUCGACUUUUUGUCAGAAAAACCAAUCAUAUCAUACUCAGCUUGUCUUUUACAGUUUUUCAUGUUUUAUUCUAUAGGUGGUUCAGAGUUCUUACUGUUAGCAGCCAUGGCCUUUGACAGAUAUGUGGCGAUAUGUAAACCUCUGAAUUAUCGAAAUAUCAUGACAAAAAAAAAAGUUUAUAUUUUCCUGUUUCUGGCGUGGUUUUUUCCUGCUUGUCAUCUUGCAGUGCAAGCAAUACUAAGCGCUAAAGCUGAAAUAUGCCACUUUAAUUUGUUGGGAAUAUUUUGUAACAAUACCAUGUAUACAGUUCACUGUGUGAGAUCAAGAGUACUUACAGUAUUUGGGGUCAUUGCUUUAUUAAAUUUGGCAUUUCUUCCAACCCUCUUUACAAUUUUUACAUACACUAAAGUCUUUAUGACAUCUUACCAAAGUUGUAAAGAGUUAAGGAAAACGACCGCCCAGACAUGCAUACCCCACCUAUUGGUUUUGACCAGCUACUUUUGUGUGAUGACAUAUGAUGUUAUUAUAGCUCGGGUGGAGUCAGAUUUGCCUAAAAAUGCACGCUUUAUACUGACAAUACAAACAUUUUUGUAUCAUCCUUUGAUUAAUCAAUUCAUGUAUGGGUUCAAAAUGAAAGAAAUUAAUAAACAUCUAAAAAAGUUUCUAUGUUCAGCUUAAGCAGGAAAUACUUUGGAUUCUUUUCUGAAAUUAUUUUCUUAGCAUCAAGAA